AGAGAACAUUUUUUUUUGUUGUUCUUUAAAGUAGAGUUUCGCCUCCUACUGGGAAUCUGGCCUCGCGUGUGUCUGGAAGGAGCCGAUUUCUAUACAGAGGCCGAGGGAAGGGGGUGGGGAUGAGCAGCAGUGAGUGUUAGUGAGCGUUAGUGAGCGCUAGUAGCUGCCGGUGCAAGGGACUUAUACUGCUGCACCUUUCUCUGAGGAUCUGCUGCCCGUUUCAUUCCCCGUAGCCGCGACCCCGACCCUGGGCACCAGUCUGCAAGAAUGACUUGUCCCUGGCUGCUGCUCUGGAGGCAGUUUCUGUGCCCGGGCUGCGGGAGCAAAGUGUCCUGAGGAAGGGCAGGGAGUGCGGUGCGGCUACUCGCUACGGACGCCAAAGGGAAACUCGCUCCAACUGUCACAUGUUGGGGAGGCUGAACAACUCCGACACGUGGUCUGUGGUGGAUUAAGUAAUGAUCCUCCGCUUUUAUGCCAUGGUGAUCUCAUACUUUUGUGCCAUCUGCGCUGCCCCCUUCCAGAGCCAAAACACAGAUUUGGAUUAUGGCCCUGAUAACACAUCCGACGCCUCAGACCUACACUCAGUUCCGUACAACUUCAGUCAUGUCCUGCAACAUGGGUUCUUCCCAGAUUUCUCAUCCACCUAUUCCAGCAUGGCCGGUAAGGACUGGAACCUUUACUCACCUAGAGUGUCUCUUUCAAGUGAGGAGCCUUCUAGCCCUCCACUACUUUUUUUGUCAGAGGAGACAGUGGCACAUCCAGAACCAGCCAACAAGACUUCCCGGGUAAAACGGGCUUCGGGAUCUGAUUCGGUCAGCUUGUCUCGCCGGGGAGAGCUCUCUGUGUGUGACAGUGUCAACGUCUGGGUUACAGAUAAGCGUACAGCUGUGGAUGAUCGGGGGAAAAUAGUGACCGUCAUGUCUGAGAUUCAGACUCUUACAGGACCACUGAAGCAAUACUUCUUCGAGACCAAGUGCAAUCCAUCAGGCAGCACCACAAGGGGAUGCCGAGGUGUGGACAAAAAGCACUGGAUAUCUGAGUGCAAAGCAAAACAGUCUUAUGUGAGGGCUCUGACCAUAGAUUCCAACAAGCUUGUGGGUUGGCGUUGGAUCCGUAUUGACACAGCGUGUGUCUGUACCUUGUUAAGUCGGACAGGAAGGACGUAAAAGACAACGGUUGGCAGAAUAGAAGGUAGAGGGGGAUUCCUCUCCUUACUGUGGUUAGAGAAUGAGGAAUGCUUUUCCUUAACCUGUUUACAGCAUGGCACAAAAGGCCUUAAAUACACAUUCCUGGAGUCUCAACACCAACGGAAACAUUUUAUAGAAGAGGCUUCCAAGAUGCACGCAACUGGAUGUAAAUGAGCACCAAGAGGUCUUGUUCAGCAUUUCUGGGAGGAGAACCUUACUUUCCGUUAUCUCACUCGGUGCCUUUUCACGUUGGAGUUACACGGCUGAUGACUAUAUCAUGGAAUAUUGUUACAAGGAAGGCAGAAAACUGGCACUUUCAACGGUGCUCUGUAUUUACUGUGUCGCCUUUACUCAUAGAGCUGGAAAUCUUGAAAAGUUUUAUUGUAAAAAAAAAACGGGCAACGUAGACCUUUGUAAACAUUGAACAUGACAGACUUGGCUAAGCUGGUACAUUAAAUGUGAAGAAGGUCCUUGGAGCAGCAAAUGAUUCCCCUCCGUCCCUCGGGGAUGGUGUCCCCCCCAUUAGACAGUUCAUAUUGUAAGCUAGUAUAAAGUGGUUAUUCUAUUUGUAAAUUUUAUAUAUAU